AUGUUCCGCAUAAGCAACACCGUAGUUGGUGCCCUUAACAUACUCUCAUUACUCCUCGGCCUCGCCGCCGUGGGCACCUCCGUCUACAUCCACAUCAGCGGUGGCCACGGCGCCUCCGAUUGCCAGAGAGUGUUGCGUUAUCCUCUCCUCAUCGGUGGCGUCUUCGUUGUGAUCGUUUCUUCGUUGGGAAUCGCGGGGUCGCUGUGGCGCGUCAACGUGGCACUCUAUGCUUACCUCUUCGUCACGUUCUUGCUCAUAUUGGGGCUCGCUUUCUUCACCGUUUUCGCUCUCUUCGUCACGAACAAGAAGGUGGGGCAGCAUAUAUCGGGCAAAGGCUACGGCGAGUACAGGGUUGCGGAUUUCUCUCAUUGGUUGCAGCGUUAUGUUGUGAACAACAAGAACUGGGACGAGGUCAAGAGUUGUUUGAUGGAUGCUCAUGUUUGUGAGAACCUCUCUUUCAAUGGUGGUCACAACAACGACUCACUCAUUUUCAAACACUUGUCUUCCACGCAGUCUGGGUGCUGUAAGCCACCGGUGUAUUGUGGAUUCAUAAUGAAAAAUGCUACAUUUUGGGAAGUGCCAAAGACGGGUCCAGCAAAGAAUAAUUCAGACUGCAGCACUUGGAAUAAUAAGGAAGAAAAACUGUGCUACGAUUGUAAUUCAUGCAAAGGAGGAGUGCUUGCCAACAUAAGGAACCAGUGGAGACAUCUCACCAUAUUUAAUGCAUGUGUGCUUAUACUUGUCACCGCCAUAUAUGUCUUGGGCUGCUAUGCCAUUAGGAACAAUAGAUCGGACUAUAGAUGCAAGCAUCGAAGAGCAUGCCCUUGA